UGUGCUCACAACUCCGCUACUCUCAUACGAGGAUCGGACGUCGAGGGGAGCGGACGUGUGACUAAGUGUACCCAAAAUGCCUUGCAGUGAAGACGAUGACUCCCAGUCUGGGUAUGUGGAGCCUACCCAGGGAAUGUCGAAGGCUGAACUCAGAAAGACCAAUAAACCAAUAAUGGAAAAGAAAAGGCGUGCGCGCAUCAAUCGCUGUCUAAACGAGCUUAAGGACCUCCUCAUGGAUGCAGACAAAGACCCAGCACGUCAUUCUAAGCUGGAAAAGGCGGACAUCCUGGAGCUCACGGUGAAACACCUGCAAACUUUACAACGACAGCAGUUAGCUGCAGCGAUAGCAGCAGACCCCGCAGUGCUGCAGCGAUUCAAGUCUGGCUUUGGCGACUGCGCAGUAGAAGUCAGGAGGUACCUCUCAAGACUGGCCAGCGUUCCAACAGGACUUCGGCAUCGACUUGGAAACCAUUUGAACUCGUGUAUAUCUGGGAUAGAUAGGCUGCACACCCCAGCUGAUUAUGUACCUUUAGUUCCGGAUCCAUUACGCUUGGACGAUGAGAGACCAAGCGCUUUCCAUUUCGUCAAAUCUUUGAAGCCAACUAGUCCGCCCCUCAGUCCUCUAUCGUGCGAUUCGGCGUGUGAUUCAUCAACGGAAUUGGAGACACCGCCACGGCCAGUUCAAAACUUCCCAUUCCCUACUCCACCCAGCAGAUCUGCGUCAGAUCAAGAUUCUAGUCCGGAAACCCAGAAGGCGACUGUUUCCUCAACAACUAUAUCACCAGAAACGUUGAAGCAAGAAGCGUUAAGAAACAAGAAGUUCAUGGAACCUCUCUCAAUAGUAAUCGACGUCGAGAAUUACAAAAUUGGUAUCGAUGCAUCUCCUAAAAGAGCUGUCGAUUAUUCUAUAAGACAUAAGUUAAAACGACCUGUGGUGGACUUGACUGGACCGCCGCCAAAAUUAGUGAGACUAGAAGCAGAGAAGACCGUGACAAUACCGGAGAAAAAACCUUACGAAACACCUGAUAAGAUGUCGGCAUUCAGACGUGUUCCAGAGAGAGUAAACUUACCGGAAAGGAAGCUAACUUUACCUGACAGUAUACCAUUAGUAAGUGAGAAUGAAAGAUUUGUUGUGCCACGAACUGUUAUAAGUCACACAGCCGAAUCUCUUGCACAAUCGGCUCACAAUAUUGAAUUGGAAAAAGACCAAAAAGUGCCUCCACCUAGAAUAGAUAAUGUGCAAGUGAGGGUGGAAGCUGACACCAGUUCCCGUUCUCCUGAACAGGGGAGUUCGAGUAGUACAGAAAUGUGGCGCCCCUGGUGAUAAUUAGAUGUAAGAAUCGGUGACAAAGCUUUAGAAACGUACCUGUGCGGUAUAUAACUUUUAUUAGAUAUAUUAUACAGAUUUUUAGUU